AUGGCGAGCAAGAUCUGCACCGUGAGAGCAUCUGAUCCGUCCAUCGAGCAGCGAUUCAACAUGCUCACUGGCGGCGCUGGGCUGGGAAUGGCCGCGGAACUACUCGGCGGCGGAAAACCGCCAAGCGCAGCGAACAGACCUUCCCGCGGCGGCACGAGCGGCGCGACAUGCGGCGUUAUUCAACCAGGCGUCAUCAUCAGCGGUACUGGUAACGGCCGCCUCGCGGGCGGUAGUAGUAGUACUGUCGGCGGGAAAGCUAGCGGCGGCGCGGUGAACAAUAUGACCGGCCUGCGAUCGGCACUGGAAGCGGUCGUGGAGGAGAGCGGAUGGGAGACCGACAGCUCCGCGUCGCACGGAUGGGAGGAGCUGGAGCGAACGUGCGCCGCGCUGGAUUCGAACAACGUGCAGAUCGACUGCAUUGAUAUCACCAACAUGCUGGAAGAAGGCGUCGCCCCCGCCGACAGCGAUGCUAGUAGCGACGACGACAAUAACGAGGAUAGAGGUACUGCUGGCAGCAGUGACGACGACUCAACGAACGCCGCCGAAGAAUGCACCCCCCAUUUUUCCACCGCCGCCAACCCCGCCGCCCGCCCCGCCUCGCGCCUGAGCCAUACCUUCACCCCCAUCAACCGCCCUGACGUGGCAGCAGCGGCGGAGAGUCCUCCGCCGAAUCUGCAGCGGCGGAGCUCUUUCUCCGGCGCAACCAAGUCGGUCCGCCUUGGAAAUGCCAGCGAAAACAACCACGCGGACAGAGCAGCGGCACAGAAUAGCCACGGCGGAAAGUACAUCUACAGCGGAAAGUACUACAGCGGAAGCCACAGCCAAGCCCAGUACCACUCUAAUAACUCGCCUCGACUUAAGGGGAGCCCUGCACGAUCCAGUUCUGAAGGUUAUGCCACCCACAGCGGCCCCCUCAGCGGCGGCGCUCACAGCGGAAGCCCCCUUUGCGGCGCCCCCCAGAGCGAAAGCCCACACAGCGGCCCCUUGCGGCACGGAUUCGGAUCGACGAGCAGCCUGAACAGCAGCCACAGCGGCAGCGGGAGCCCCAUUUGCGGCGCCCCUCGGAGCGAAAGUCUCCCCAGCGGGCCUCACACCGGCCCUCACAGCGGCGGCCCCUUGCGGCACGGGUUUGGUUCGACGAGCAGCCUAAACAGCAGCCACAGCGGAAGCAUGGAGCUCGGCAGCAGCUACGGAAGCAGCUUCGGCGGGAGUAGCUUCGGCGGAAGCAGCGGUGAUCUCAGCAGCGGCAGCUGUGGUACUGGAUAUGGGGGGGCUGAGUCCAAGCCGUCGCCUUGCCACGUGCUCCUGCGGCAGUGCAGUGCAGGAGACGUGUCACCUCUCGUGUUACACACGCCUAGUGUGAAUGUUGCAACAGCAGCGCGCCUCCGUCCCACAAGUAGGAGUGUGUGUGCGUGUGAGCUCAGCUCGAGGACUCCCCCUAUCUUCGUCCUGCUCGCCGGGCUUUCAUUUUCAGAUAAGCCUCAACAGCAGCAGGAUUAG